GUUGGAUUGAGGCGCGAUGGCGAUGGCUUGGACGAGCGCCGCCGACGACCGCCUCGUCGCCCUUGUCGCCGCGCUCGGGCCGCGCUGGAGCACCAUCAGUGAGCGCAUGGAAAUAGAGGGCCAUCACUGGUCGCGCAAGCAGUGUCGGGAGCGCUACGUCCACCACGUCGAUCCGACGCUCACGACGAGCGCGUGGAGCGACGACGAAGACGCAGCACUGCGCCGCGCCUACGCGCAGUUUGCCGUGGACCCUGCCAAGGUGCCUUGGACGCUCGUGGCAGCGGCGCUGCCUCGACGCCGCAGUGUCGAGCACGUGCGCUACCGGUGGCAGCAAAUGACGCGUCCACGGUGCGCCAAGCGCAAGCGGAAUCAGGUACCGUGGAGCGAGAGCGAAGACGCGACGCUCGCCCAACUCGUGGCGCGGGAUGCGCCGUCCUGGCUGCACGUGGCCGCCAACUUGCCGGGGCGCACGGACCUCCAGUGCCGACAGCAUUGGAAUCAAGUGCUGCAACCAACUCUGAAAAAAGGCAAGAAUACGUGGUCUCCGGAGGACGACGCGCUUCUGCGGGCCAAGGUCGCCGAGCUCGGGUCCGCCUGGACAGAGAUUGCCAAGAGCUUUCCUGGUCGACUCGGCAAGCAGUGUCGCGAGCGCUACCGCAACCACGCCGACCCUUCGUUGACCAAGGCGCCCUGGACAUCCCAAGACGACGAUGCGCUGCAAGCUGCGUACACGACGUACCCGCAGCAGUGGGCCCGCAUCGCCGAGCUUCUGCCGGGCCGCUCAGAAAAUGCGAUUAAGAAUCACUGGUAUGCGCUGCAACCGGCACAGCCAGCGGCGCGACGGACCCGAGCGGACAGCCGUACGCCGCCGUGAUGCGGGCGUUGGCGAGAGCCAAAAUGUCGUUGAAAAUUGCCGGGGUCUGGACGGACGCGCGUCGGAGUCGGCGCAGAUGCGUUUCUGCGACAUCCAGCCGACGCUGCGUAAUCGCCUUCAAAAUGGCGCGCUCGAGAUCGGUGUCGUUCUCGACUUCUUCCCUUG